AUGCCUCAAGGUUUGUUGACGGCGGAGUCCCUUGCGGAUAUAGCUAUUCCUGAGCACCUUCGGAUCUCGCCCGAUGGAAAACAAGUUGCCUACGUGUUGAAACCCUCGUCACGAUCGACUGAACAUCCAAAAUCAUCGAUAUGGAUAGCUGCCAUUGGAGUGAGUCAUUCUGCGAUACAGAUCACCUUCGGGCUGUUUCAAGAUACGCAGGUCGAAUGGACACCUGACGGCAACAUAUCCUUUCUCUCUGAUCGACAAAAUCGUGGCAAGUUAUCCUCUCUGUUUUUCCUCAAGCUGGACUCAGCAAAUAGAGAGCCGCAAGCAAUCUCCCCAACGAACAUGCUACAAGAGAUUAUCUCUUACUCCUGGAGUCCGAAUGGUCGCUACAUUGCUUAUCUCAAGUGCAAAGAAAUUGAGCAGAAGGGCGAAUACAAGGCCAAGGGGGGAAGUAACAUCAAUGUCUACGGCCAAAAUUGGAGAUUUGCAACACUGAGAUGUUUCGACAUCGAAACAGGUUUUGCCAGGACCAUUGUGGAAAAGGAGAGUCAUGUAACAGGAUUCUCCUGGGAUCGAGAUUCCUCACGUAUUGUCUAUGUAACGCAAGACAACCCCGAGCCAGAUUCACCAGGUUUCAAUGGGUCCAAAUUCGAACAGAUCGAAUUGUCCACGGGACAUAGUCACCAUGUUGCCGAGUUUCCCGGCCCGACAGCAGAUCUCGUUUGGGAAGGCACGAAUAUUUACUUCAGGGCAGGAGUAAUACCCGAGCAUGCGAGCACUUCUUGGAUGACUUACAUGCUUCAAUUGGAUCAGCGACAAUGGUCAAAACAUGCCUAUGGUGACGAUGUUUGUGCAGCCCGGAUCCGCCGAAGUGGCUGCGAGUCCGUAGUAGUAUUGGUUGAGUCGGGUUUACACGAUCAGCUACAUCUCAACAAUAAACAACUGCUCUACAGUGGCUUACACCAGAUCGAGGACUGGGAUGUGCGAUCAAUCAACAAUGACGAGCAUGUCAUUGCAUUUACUAGGAGUGCAGGCGGCUAUUCGACGCAGGUGUUCUCCGUUCAUGCUGGCGACUUAUGUCAGCUCUCUCGACAUAACUCUUUCAAAUCCCCUGUGCAAGUCGAGCCAUUUUACUUCCACGGCGAUGACGGAGCUGCUCUUGACGGAGUUUUCCUUACACCGGAGACAAAUGACAGAUUGAAGUCAUGGCCCACAGUUGUUAUACCACAUGGCGGCCCAUACAAUCGUACCACCAUCACCUUCGACGUACCAUACUACCAUUUCGGGCCAUGGCUAGCUUCUAAUGGGUAUGCAGUACUCUGCCCGAAUUAUCGUGGAGGCAGUUCUCAUGGACAAAAGCACGCUUCAGCGGCUCGAGGCGGGAUGGGUACCAUCGACUACUCGGACAUAAUUGCUGCAGUAAAGACUGGUAUUUCGAGGCAGCUCAUCGACCCUGGCCGCACAAUCAUCGCAGGAUGGUCGCAGGGAGGAUAUCAUGCCUACCUUGCGGCAACGAGAAACGAUUUCCCUUUUCGUGGUGCCAUCUGUGGUGCAGGUGUGACUGACUUGGAUAUGCUGGUGAUGACUUCGUGCCAUCCUUGGUAUGAGACUGAUCUUGCAGGAAUGGCCCCUUGGGAUUCCGAUUUGACUGAUACACGAAAUCGAUCUCGCAGUCCGACGUGGGCUCUCAAGAAAUUGUCAGACGAUAUGCGCUCGGGAGUGAAUCCUAUGCCGAUCCUGAUCCUGCAUCCAGAGAACGAUCAAACUGUACCGGUAUCACAGGCUUUAUCCUUCCAUCGCGGAUGUUUAUUGCAUGGCAUCCCUUGUGAGCUCGUGACAUAUCCGGAUGAAGACCACGUUGUCGAGCAGCGAAGUCAUCGCAUCGAUAUGCUGGAACGCAUCCUGGCAUUCUGUAAGCUCCACCUGGCUUGA